GACGGCGCGAGGAAGAAGCAGCCCUCGCCGGCGGCUGACCGCAGCUCCCCUCUCCCUGUAAUCCUCACCGCCAUCCAUCCCCGGCCCUAGCCUCCUCUGUCAUCCGGCCUUCUCCUGCCUGGUCGCGUGCCUGGGCAGCCCGGCGCCCGGCGCCCGUCGACCGCAGCUCCCCUCUCCCUCUAAUCCUCUCCGCCAUCCAUCCCCGGCCCUAGCCUCCUCUGUCGCCCGGCCUUCUCCUGCCUGGUCGCGUGCCUGGGCAGCUCGGCGCCCGGCGCCCGUCAAUCCUCUCCGAGGGCGGCGCCUGGCUGGGCUCCGGCGCCAUCCGGCCCGCAGCCGCAGCUCGCCUCGUCCUGCGUCCCUGCUCUGCCUCGCCCUCCUGUCCUGCUCGCCUGCCCCGGGACUCCCGCGUGCCUCCAUUGGCACGGGUUGCAGGUGCCCCAACCUGCUCGGCCGCCCCUCUCUCGGCAGUGCCCGGCUCCUCUGCCUGCAGCAACUUGCUGCCAGUCACUACAUCACAACAGCAGAAGAAACGAUUCCAUGGGCGAUUACAAGGUAGAAAUAGAUGUUCAGUCUUACUUGACGAUUGUAGACGGCAAACGAGUGUACAAAAGGGGCUAUAUUGUUGUUGGAUGAUGCAAACCGAGCAGCAGCGGCACAACAGUAACCACCGGAUUGCCAGCAUCAUCCAUCGCACAGCCAAGAACCACCCAGCCAGAGGUCCUGCAGUAGCUAUUUCUGUGUAGCUCCGCUAGUGCUCUCAUGGCGAGCAAGCCAAGCAGCGCCAUGGCGGCGGCCUCUUUGGAGGGUGGCGGCGGAGUAACGCGCUUGGAAGCCCUGGUCAUGGACAAGGUGGCAGAGGCCGCCGACGCAGUCGCCACAGCGUCGAGCGCCGGUGAGGUGGUCCGCGCGAUCCAUGCCGUUGCUGUCCUACUCUUCCCCGUGGACUCGGCCACCGUCGCUGGCACCUUGGACGAGCCUAUCAAAAGCCAGGAAGCUACUGCAAGUCAAAACACAAACUGGAGUAAUGGCAACUCCUGUUUCUGCACAGUCCAGAUUAUCAGUGUUCUGAGCCUCAGCCAUGAUGAAAGGGAGUCUUGGCGGCGUGCUUUUUAUCAUGGUCCAGCAUUUCCUACCAUGUCUAAGAUAUUACUUGGCAAUAUUGCUCUGAAGUGGCUACGGCAGAUUCACAACACUGUGAGGAAGGAAGUCUAUGAUUCCUUUUUUGUCAGAGGACCUCCUACUGAAGUGAUUCAGGCUCUUGUUCCAGCUUUAUCUCAAAAUGAAAACUCUAAGGAGGAUCAUAACAUUUUUUGUUUGAACAUUGAAAGGCUAUUAAUAUUGUGCUUGCUUGAGAAUAAGGGGGUGGGCCAGAUUGUUGCAGAGUUUAUGUUUUUCAAUAAGCAUAAUGAUGGUGUUCUCAACCCAGAUAGAACAACUUUCAUCUCAAGGGUUGCACAACUACUUGCAUCUGUUCCAGAUAAAGCAAGAAUGGCAGCCUCAUCUGCGCUUACAUCGUCGUUAUUCUUCAAGAGUGUUGUCAGCCAACUUCUUGUUCGAGCGGAAGAAGCAGCUAUUGAGUUGUCUGCUAACAAAGAUACUAAUGAACAGGAUACGCUAAGUUCUGUGUUGCUCUUUGUGGGUGAAGUGUUAUCCCGUGUUAGCCGCCGUGGAUCUACUGGCAUUUUAGUUGCUGAAUUGAUCCCUAUGAUCCGUAAUCACUUACAAAGAUGUGUAGCACCAGACCGUAAGACGAUAAUUCCUGACAUGAUCAAGCAUGUUCCUCAGUCUCGGUUUUGGUUCAAUGUGGUUGAAGCAUUGAGAGAUCAGCAUUCUAUUGAAAGAUUGACUGAAGAGAUGUUGCGCCAACUUGCAUCACACCAUUUAAAUGAUGAAGAAGCGUACUGGAUUUUAUGGACUCUGUUUAAUCAGAGUAUCAUGCAUAUUGCUGUUAUAAGGGCAAUGUUUAUUGACAAAUUUUUGCUUUGGAAAACAUUUCCACUAUGCUGCCUGAGAUGGAUUCUUCAUUAUGCUGUCUUUGAAUUCUCACCAAAUUCAGUCGCAGAAGCUCAAAUGCGAAGGACAUCAAACUUCCUGGUUACAUUGAAAAGUUUACUUACUGUUUGGUCCAAGAAAGAGUUUGUUCAGUUAUAUUCAGUGGAGCAACAAGCUUAUAUCACUGCAGCAAUAGGGUUAUGUUUGGAGAACAUGUCAAAAGAAGAAUUAGAAAUGAACAAAGAUGUAUUAAAUUGUAUUCUUCAAGGAGUAAACUGUAGGUUAGAGAGCCCAAUUGACUUAGUCCGGAAGAUGGCAAGUGCUGUUGCAUUGACAUUUUCUAAAGUUGUUGAUCCAAAAAAUCCUCUUUACCUUGAUGAUGACUGUUCUGAGAGUGUUGAUUGGGAGUUCGGGGUUCUCUCUCCAAAGGAGAUCACAGCUCCUUCCCAUGGUGUAGAAUUUGGAAUCAAAUCAAAAUCACGUCCGCGUAAUAACAGGAAAUAUGCUGGUGACAAAAAGGGAAAGGCUAUCAAGCAUGAUAUUUCAGACAACAGAGUAAAAAUCGUAGAGAUCAAGUCAAAACUAGAUUCUGAUGAAAUGUCUGCCGCUGCUAUAAAUUUUGAGGAACAUUGUGACAAGGAAAGCAUUAGCAUUGAUGGUUCCAGUGAUUCAUCCCUGGAGCCGUAUGAUUUGUCAGAUGAUGACACUGAUUUGCAGAAGAAUUUCACACAUCUAAGUGAUCUUGCAGCUGCACUGCGAAAACCUGACGAUCUAGAUGGUGUUCAAAGCGCUCUUACUUCUGCCGAAAAGCUUGUGAGAGCAUCACCUGAUGAGCUGCGCCACUGCUCGGGUGAUCUUGUUCAAGCACUGGUACAUGUUCGUUGUUCUGAUGUCGUGAUGGAAGGCGAGGAAGAUUCUGCUGAAGAAAAGCGAGAAAAGGCAUUAGUCGCUUUGCUGGUAACCAGCCCAUUUGAAUCAUUAGAUGUUCUUACAAAAUUGCUAUAUUCAUCGAGUGUGGAUAUAAGUCAGCGUAUUUUAGUUAUUGAUGUUAUGACUGAGGCAGCACAGGAGCUUGCUGAAACUAAAAUUGUAAAGAGUGAACAGCGGCAUGGGAACUUGAUAUCUGAUACUUCUCCGUCUUGGCUGGUUCCUAGGGACAGCGGACCUGUUGGGGCAAGCCCUUGGAGAGAGGUAUCAGAAACAGGAUCACUUUUGAAAAAUUGGUCACACCGGUAUGAAAGAGAAGUUCCAUCUAGACCAGGCCAGGUUAAAUCAGGAAAAUCUCGCAAAUGGGGUCUUGGGAAAGCAAAAGAUUUGCAAGUGGAGCGGUCAAAAAACAGAUUUCCUUUGUAUGCUGCUGCAUUUAUGCUCCCGGUUAUGGAAGGAUAUGACAAGAGAAGACAUGGGGUGGACUUGCUCAAUCGAGAUUUUGUUGUCCUAGGUAAAUUGAUAUACAUGCUUGGUGUCUGUAUGAAGUGCAUGGCGAUGCAUCCGGAAGCAUCAGCCAUUGCUCCAGCUCUUCUGGAUAUGAUAAGAGCCAGGGAGGUCUCGCAACAUGCUGAAGCAUAUGUGAGAAGGUCUGUGUUGUUUGCAGCUUCUUGUGUAUUGAUAGCCUUGCACCCGUCAUAUGUUGCAUCAGUUCUUAUCGAAGGCAACCAGGACAUUUCUACUGGUUUAGAAUGGAUUCGUACAUCGGCCUUGCGUAUUGCUGAAGCAGAUCCUGAUACAGAGUGCACAUCAAUGGCCAUGAACUGCCUGCGGCUCCACUCGGAGAUGGUCCUCCAGACAUCCCGUGCCUUGGAAUCUGCGGAACAUUCCAAGGCCGGCAGCAGGACACUACCUUCUAAACUCGAUAACAUUAUAAUACCAUUUGCAAACAUGAUGUAAUCUGAUGUUAUCUUGAAGUUGUAAAGGUUAUUUUCCAUUU